AUGGAACAUUACCUGCCGUCUAAGGGUAUUCUUUCUCCCAGUUUGUGUGAUAUUUCUAAUCAUGAUAAGGAUGCAGAAAUCCAGUGUGAUUUGUUAACAGAAAAUGAAGAGAUGGAUAUUGACCCCAGGCGUUUGCCUUAUAACAAACGGCUUAAAUGGCACAUUAAGGAAUUUUGUUAUAAAACAUCUAUUCAUGGUGUACCGAUGCUCGAACAAGCACCAAAUACCUUAUACAAGUAUGUUUGGGUUGCUUUACUCAUUGGCUGCGCUUGCAUGUUUUUGAUGCAAGCGAUUAGCGUAGUAGCCAAAUACAAGCGGAACGAAAAAAUAACGAAUAUUGAAUUGGUAUUUGAAACAGGUAAAACUUUUGCAGUUGGUAGUGAUUGUUUGCUUGAAAUUUUUGCCGAAAUGAUGGAUAAAAGAGAUUUAAUAAGUAGUCAUGGUCAUCAAAAGCGUCAACGACGUCAAAAAACAACCAGUUAUGGCAUAGACAGUGACAUGAAAAGAAUCAAGAGGAUAUUAGGAUUUCAGCACAUGAGCGACGAAGUUGCAAUCAUUACAAAAGCCCGAGAAAAUAUUAUUUUUGCAAUGUCCGAAUUAACAACUGAGCGACGCAUACAGUUAUCUCAUAACAAGCGAGAAUUAAUACACAAAUGUUCCUUCAAUGGAGCUGAAUGCAACAUUGACAAAGAUUUUCGCAUUGUAAAUGACCCACUCUUUGGCAACUGUUUCACUUUUAAUUAUAAUCGUACUGAAAACAAAACGAAUUCACGAGCUGGUCCAAUGUACGGAUUACGAUUAUUACUGUAUGUGAAUGCAUCAGAUUACUUACCUACAACUGAAGCUGUGGGAGUUCGGAUCACAGUACACGAUAAAGAUGAGUAUCCUUUUCCAGACACUUUUGGUUAUAGCGCACCGACAGGUUACAUAUCUUCUUUUGGUAUGAAAAUGGGUUGUUAUCACACAUGCCUCCAAGAACUGAUCAUUCGAGAAUGCGGAUGUGCUGAUCCACGUUUUCCAGCUCCAAGUGGAUCAACUCACUGUUUAGUUUUCGAUGAAGCAGCUCGUAAGUGUAUCCAAAGCAGUACUAAUCUGCCAAUUAACCUGCAGGAUAGAGAUCGGUGCCGUUGUGCACAACCGUGUACACAAUUUCUCUAUACAGUUUCUUAUUCAGCAAGCAUUUGGCCAUCACAUUCAUUAAAUGUACCUGUUGGGGAAUGCAACGAUUCACCCGAAGAAUGCAUCGAACAGUACCAGGAAAAUGGUGCAAUGGUGGAGGUCUUUUUCGAUGCUUUAAAUUUUGAAGUAUUCUCAGAAUCAGAAGCAUAUGGUGUUGUUAAAAUGUUAUCUGAUUUUGGUGGUCAGCUUGGUUUAUGGUCAGGCGUUUCUUUCAUUACACUUUGUGAAUUUGUUUGUUUACUCAUUGAAAUACUUUAUAUGUUCGUGAAUCAUCAAAUAAAUGAAUUAAAUAAGAAGAAUCGACCAUAUGAUAUCGAGGAUGAAUGA